AUGUCUGCGUCGCCCGAGAUCGAUUGCGCCACUGCUCGCUUGGAGCUUCUCUCCAUUUGGAACCAAAGCUCUCCUCGAGUCUACAUCUCCGUUGUCCUUUGUUUCCCUCUGGACAAUGCGUUAUGUGAUGAUGCUGUGGGACACUUGGAGACAUCUUUGGAGCGUCUCGGACAAGAGCGCCCACUGUUUGCAGCUCGACUGGCUGCAGACUCGACACAACCGGGGCAUGCCCAUCUGAUCCAAUCACCCGAAUUCCGGAUUCCGUUUGAAGUUUCAAUGAAACCAGGUGCAAUUCCCGCGGACUACAGCCAGAUAAGAGAGAACGGGUUCCCACCUGGUGUUUUUAUCAAGCCUUGCUUCAGUAUACCAGGUCUGAUUGGAACGGAGACGGAUCCGCUGCCGGUUUCCCGGGUCCAGGCAUUUGUCAUUCCUGGAGGUCUUCUAUUGGCCGUAUAUCUACAUCACUCCCUUUGCGACGGCGACUCCCUGCGCAUCUUCCUGGAGUGCUUAGCGGCCCAGACAAGGGGGGAUGCCAUUGAUCGGCCAUCAGAACAAGCUUUUGAUGGCCCUAGGUCUCAUCAUAAGGUUGACGGCAGUCUGGAGUCGCUUAUCUCUAAGUGUCCCGAGUACACACUACUACCUAACUUGAAGGGACCUACACAACCACGUUUCUCAGAGGUUGGAGAGCCUUUGGACACUAUCCCCAAAAUAGGGAAGAUUUUCGUGUUCAAGAAGCGCCGCAUCGCCGAGCUACAACGCACGAUAGAAUCGCACUUCCAAUACGGUGAUAGGACACCAUCAACCUAUACAUGCCUGGCUGCGCUUUCGUUUGCGCACAUCGUUAGCGCUCGCCUUAAAACUGAGAAGUUCCUACCAUCGAUCGAGGUCAAGGGACCAGCGAAGCUCUGGAACUCUGUCAAUUGGCGAUCGAGAGCUUUCCAGCACUUGACGGGGGACUACUUUGGCAAUGCCGCACUCCCAGCUGUUACCAGGGUUUCGCAAGAAACAAUUCUCCGCAGCUCCGUGGAUAUAGCGACGCUCGCAUCGUUAGUCCCGCACAUCAAGGGUUCUAUCGAUGCUGUGGAUCAGGAGUAUGUUAAGCACCGCCUAGCCAUGGUGUCGGCCAUGCCAGACCCACGAUACAUAGGAGUGAACUACGAUCCGCGGAUGUCGCAGUGUCUGGCAUUCAACACAUGGCGGCACUUUGGAGCUGAUGCUGAAUGGGAGAUACCAGGGGUUUCUGUGAAGAAUCCGGAAGCAAUCAGGAGAGCGCAUGGCUCAUGGAAUCUCGGUACCGCGUUGAUAUUGCCAGCGCGUGCUUCAGCAGAUUCUCAAGAACUGUUCGUGAGCCUUUCCCAAGUUUCUAUGGACGAAUUAUGCAAAGACACUGAAUGGCUGAAGUGGGUGGAUAGUACUAUCGGAUAG